AGCCAUGCCGGCCGCACGCGUGGAGUACGUCGCGCCCUGGUGGGUGGUGUGGCUGCACAGCGUCCCGCACCUCGGCUUGCGCCUGCAGCGGGUGGACAGCACCUUCAAUCCCCGCGAUGAGAAUUACCAGGAGUCGCUGCUGUUCCUGGGGCUGGUGGCCGCCGUCUGCCUGGGCCUCAACCUCGUCUUCCUCACGGCCUACCUGGUCUGCGUGUGCUGCUGCCAGCAGGACGGCGCCGUGCAGACCAAGCUGCGCAAGCCCUGCUGCGUCACCUGGUCGGCCGUGGUGGCAGGGCUCGUGUGCUGUGCUGCGGUGGGCAUUGGUUUCUAUGGAAACAGCGAGACCAACGAUGGGGUGUACCAGCUGAUCUACUCCUUGGGCAACGCCAACCACACCUUCUCCGGGAUCGACGCGCUGCCCCCUCCGGAGUCAGAGCCCAAGGCUGGGCCUCGCUGGCUGCCCUCCGCCCGGGCCGGACCCCCACCCUCAGCCUCCCCCCAGGUGUCCGGAACCACCCAGGAGAUGACGGUGGACCUGGAGCGGCACCUGGCCCGGCUCAGUGAGAUCUUCGCCAUGCGGGGCGACUACCUGCAGACGCUGAAGUUCCUGCAGCAGAUGGCCGGCAACAUCGUCGCCCAGCUGUCGGGAGUGCCCGUGUGGACAGGGGUCACGGCCGAGCUGACCGAGCUGGCCGACCAGACGGGCUACGUGGAGUACUACAGGUGGCUUUCCUACCUCCUGCUCUUCAUCCUGGACCUGGUCAUCUGCUUCGUCGCUUGCCUGGGCCUGGCCAGGCGCUCCAGGUGUCUCCUGGCCUCGACGCUGUGCUGUGGGCUGCUGGCCCUGCUGCUCAGCUGGACGUCCCUGGCCGCGGACACCGCUGCUGCGGUGGGCGCCAGUGACUUCUGCGCAGCUCCCGACACCUUCAUCCUGAACAUGACGGAGGACCAGCUCAGCACAGAGGUGACCCGUUACUACCUGUACUGCGGUCAGAGCGUGAGCAGCCCCUUCCAGCAGGCGCUGACCGUCUUCCAGCGCUCGCUGACCGCCAUGCAGAUCCAGGUGGCGGGACUGCUGCAGUUCGCCGUGCCCAUGUUCCCCACGGCAGAGAACGAGCUGCUCAGAAUCCAGCUCCUGUUAAACGCCUCGGAGUCCAGCCUUCAGCAGCUGACGGCCAUGCUGGAUUGUCGCGGGCUGCACAAGGACUACCUGGACGCCCUCACUGGCAUCUGCUACGAUGGCAUCGAGGGCUUGCUCUUCCUCGGCCUCUUCUCCCUCCUGGCCGCCCUGGCCUUCUCCACCAUGACCUGCGCGGGGCUGCGGGCCUGGAAGCGCUGUACCACCAGGGACCGAGACUAUGAUGACAUCGAUGAGGAUGACCCCUUCAACCCCCAGGCCCGGCGCAUCGCCGCCCACAACCCGCCCCGGGGGCAGCUUCACAGCUUCUGCAGCUACAGCAGCGGCCUGGGCAGCCAGACCAGCCUGCAGCCCCCGGCCCAGACCAUCUCCAACGCCCCCGUCUCGGAGUACAUGAACCAAGCUGUGCUCUUCGGAGGGAACCCCCGCUACGAGAACACGCCGCUCAUCGGAAGAGGCUCCCCGCCCCCCACGUACACUCCCAGCAUGAGGGCCACCUACCUGUCCCUGGCGGAUGAGCCCCUGAGGCACUACGGCCACGAGUUCCCCGCCUAACCGCCUGCCGGAGGGCGCCGCCUCCUUGGCCCGCUCCGGUUUGUCAUGGACUCCCGCGACAGCUGCGCUUCUUCGGUGGAAACCAAAGGCGUCUGGAAAACGGUCGCAGGACUGCGAUGGCCCUGUUCCCACAGAGGGGCCACCAAGGGUCAGGCAGAUCGGCCUGGGCGCGGCUGCCCUGGGGCAGACGGAGGACCAGCCUCUCCCACUGCCGGCCUCUUCUCCACACCGGGACCGUCCCCCAGCUGCUUGGCCGUCCCUACGCUGGCAGCCGGGCUCAGCUGACCCCUACACCCCGCGCUGGCCAGGUGGGGCAGAGCAGUGAGGAGGGGCCGGGUCAGGCUCUCCCUGCCAGCACAGCCGGAAGGCCGGGCCACCACUCUCUCUGAGUGACCUGUCUCCUCCUGGCUAUGUGGAUGGCAGCAUUUCCCUGUAGGCAAAGGUGGAACUGCUGAUCGGGAGAUGCUUUUAAGGAAGGCGGUGUCCCCAAAGAGAUCAGAAACUGUCCAAAUCGGUCCCCCCGGGGCCUGGUGGCCUCUUCCGGGCCACAGAGGGAAGGUGUUGGGGAGCUGUGCGACCCCAGGGCCGGGGGACCGACCCUGGUGGGUGUCUACAGUGACGCCAGGUGGGAAGGGGGUGGAGCCUGCCCCAUCCUGCCGGCCUUUCUGCAACCCUCCAUUCCGGAAGCGACGCUGUGAGUUUGUUCGCCACAGGUAGGGGCAGUCUCAGGUACUAACACACACUUUGAAUGCAACUGUAACUCUUCCCCCCCGCCUGCCCCGUGUUUUAAAUACUUUGAUGGUCCAAAGACUUGAACCUCAUAGCACAACCAGUUUUUGCAAUAGACUUGGGGCUCAUUCCUGCCACUCGAUCUGUCUGCCAUUCCUUUUCAGAGCUUGCCGCCCCCAGCCAGUUCUGUAAGGAUCGGGGGGUGGGGGAGAGGGGGUCCUUAAACAAAGUAAAGAUCAGUGAGACUGCCUGUCCUAAGCUGCUGUUGGAUGGGAAUGUGGGUUCAUCCCCUGCCCCCCCCCCGCACCCUCACUCCGGAUCCUUUAAGGGAGGGAGGGAGGGCAAACAGCGUGGACGGCCCCCUCCAGAGGAAUGAGUGGCCAGGGUCCCCUCCCUCUUGUCUGCAAGUGAACUCGUCAGUGAAGGUUUUAGCAGAGCGGGACAACUCGGCAUGUAGACAGGUGUCUUCCUCACCUCCCCCAUGCUGUUCUGCCAGCCCCCUGCGCGACACCUGCCAGGUGAGGAGGAGCUUGUGAACCAGGAAACAGUAAUGACCCAUCCCUCUGCCCGCUGAGGAGCCGGAGUUCGGGUCUGGUGCUGCCAACGUCCUGCCCAGUAGUCGGUGCGCCCAGCGCUGGAACUUCCACAGCCUCACACGCCAAAGCAGGGACAGGGGCUGGCGUGGCUUGGGACAGGGGCUCUUGUCUGCAUUUUGGAAGAGCCACCUUCUCAUCAAAACAAUGACGGCGGUGUGGGGCCCAGCCCCCAGCCCAGCUCCCACAGCAGAAUGGGGCCGCAGGGCAGCCAGGACUCAGCUGCAUUAACCUGGAAGAACGGUCUACCACGAACACCCCUUUGUGUGGCCACGUCGUGGGCAGAUAGAAACUCUGUGACAACAAGCUGUUGCUUCUUAAUCUUUCAUCAUUGGCCACUAGAGAGUUGUUUUUAACGCAUGUGAACUAAACUAGAACCCUCACGUGGUGCCCGGAGAAGCCAGGCGGGCGCAGCGCUCCUUGGCGCACGUGCGCCCCCACCUGGACGACAAAUAAACCACUUGUACUAAAA